CAUACCGCUCGCAGCACCUGCAUUUUUCGUCUCCUGUUACACACUGUUCAAGCACCCCUGUGCUGAAACGUGGUCGGAUAUCAGCUGGGCGACCCAGAUAAGCUGCUUUCCCUGUCAAAGCAACAGCUUCACCAACCCUUUCUCGCCGGGAGGGAAAAGAAGGUCGCGCCACACACACCAAGGCUUUCUUCUCUUUCGUCGUCGUUCCGGCGGACAAAAGGCCCGCAGCAACAACCCGCAGCAUGUUGCUCCUCCUGCUGCUGGCGGCGGCGGCGGUAAUAACUCCAUCCCUAGGCUUCGUAGUGCCGCCAGCGGCGGCGCCCGCCUCCGCGGCUCGAUGGCAGCCCGUCUGCCGCGGUAGCAGCACGGCAGCAGCCGGCCAGCCUCGCGCUCAGGGGACGAAGGCGUACGCCAUCGGAGCAAAGGGGUUGCAUGGCGGCGCCGGUGGUAGCCGCAGCCGGACCGUGGCGCCGCCGACGAUGAUGGCGACGCCUCUUCCGGAAACGCCCGACGCCCCGCCCACGACAGAGGAGCUGCGACCGGCGCUGGUGUACGGGGAGUCGGCGGCGCGAUCCUUCGUCAAGGCGCUCGUCUGGCGGCUCACCGCGGGGGUAGUCACGUUGGUGUCCGGGUUGGUGUUCUCGGGAAGCCUGGCCACGGCGAUGAGCAUCGUGGGUUCGGACUUCGUCACCAAGAGCGGCUUCAUGUUCGCAGGGGAACGCCUGUGGAACAAGGUCAAGUGGGGCCAGGACAAGUCCGGGGACAGCACGAAGAGGUCCCUCGCCAAGGCGGUCUUGUGGCGAGUCUUCGCCGCCUCCAACACCCUAAUCUGCGGCGUGUUCCUGGCCAAGGACCUUAGCGUAGCCUCCAAGAUUGCCGGCACGGAUACGCUGUUCAAGACGGCACUCUUCUUCUUGAACGAGCGAGCGUGGACUAAGAUAGAUUGGGGCAAGGAGUACGAGCCGGAGUAUUACCUGUAGGGUUUGUCAACAAGAGUCAGGGGCGUUGUGGAUGAUGAUAGGUGGUAGGGGGGGUGACGAGCCUCUCGUAUGGUAUACAUACGGCCGUGUCGUUUGUAUGUUUAUGUUUUUUAUGUUGGCUCGUGUGUUGAUGUUGUUGAAAAGUGAUAGUGGAACCCCCCAUGUAGGGUGCGUUGCGUGCCUCCCUUUGUUGAUUUGCGGAGAGCGAAAGUGCAGGUGGGAAGCAUUCCAGGUUGUUCGUCGCUGCUGCUACUGCUGCUGCUGCUCGAACGCUUCGCACCUCUCCUUUGGUGAAGCCAGUUCUUCGCCCUGAAACAUAUCGAGAAUGUACGCGUUUGCUCUUUUCAUGUCGAUCGAGUGGACGACGGGCAGCUUGUUUUGCAUUUGGCGUAAGCGUGGUCGGUUCACUAUUGAGCGUGCUACGGCAGAGUGUCAUGGUUUUAUUUUCAUGGGUUGCGUUGGGCGUCGCCAGUUGGUAUUGGCGAUGUGAUCUGUUGUUAAUGGUGCGGGAGAUAAAUGAACACACACACAGCGAGAGAUGGAGAGCGAGUACAUCAAGGAUGGUUGGGAGGCAGAACUUGUCUUGAAGUGUACAAUCAGCCCUUCUGAUUUAAACGUGUUGCCUUCGUACUUCGAGUGUACAAUCAUCCCUUUGUUUGUGUUGGCUGCGUGGAAGAGGGAGCGAUGGCUUUAGCGUCAGUCGCGAGAGUUCUUUGGGAUGCCGACGUCAUUAUUUAGUUUUGGUUGGGGCUACCGUAGGUUGCUGCAGGGAGCAACCCCGUCAUUCGAUCGGGCUUGCGGGGAAUGCGAGGAGGCACGGCAUACAAGGCACAGGGAUAGUUGGGCCGGUGAUGAGAUAGGUUCUGCCGGGUGCGGUUGCAGGGGUUGGGUCUCCGGUUGGAUGGCGUAUGGUAUGCAGGUAGGGGGGUGAGGACCUGCCUGAGCUCGCAGCUUACAGUCACCACAGUAAAAAUUGGAUUUCGCGCAAGCGGCGAUGAGUUCAAUUUCCCAAUGGCAACACCAACAGUUCCAAGUGUGGGGAAUCGGUUGCCAAGCACUGUUCUGGAGAAGCCGCCAUGACAGGAAGCUUUCCCGGACAGCAGCUUCUUCAUUAAGGCCGGCCACACGCAUACGACGAUUGUGGUGGGCUUGUUGGACAAUACCGGUUUAUGGUCGUUGCACAGAGGUCGCCCACGCCACAACUGCUGUGACUGAUAACCAGACCCACCACAGGGUCUCGUGGUCAGGCCCCCUUCAGCACCCAAAGCUCCGGAGUUGCCCCACGAAGGCAACUGUAGCUACAUAUGGCGAUGGAGAGCCGGGUUCGUGUGGGCGUGCGGCACAUGUAGCAAUGAUAGUCCAAGAGAUGCCUAUGAAUUUCUUGCUUUCUUCGAUCGGCCGGCUGGUGCAUAUAUCGGGAGCAUGAAUCGUUGGGCCAAGCUCUUCCCCGGAAGCUUGCUUCACCGGUGCUGUGUGAGUGUUGCGGCCAGUAAACUCUCUGGUGAGACGAUGAAUGUUUGACUUGUAGUUUGGUGCGUUCGCGAACUCCUCAUGCAGUGGGCGAGAGUUUGUGGUCAAAUGACCUACACCAACAAGCAUGGCCUCCGAAGCAUGUGCUCG